AUGAAGUCCAGGGAUGCGCUCGCGAAGAUGUACAAUUACGCCUAUGAUGGUGCACCUGCCAAUAACAACCUGACUUACAUGGGCACAGUUCCAGACAGCCGAAAACAGAUUGGAUUUUAUCUGGCAGACUCUAGAGCUGGAAAAGUUCCACGCGGUAACGGUCAAACGCUAUACGUGUUGUGGGUGGGGAUUAAUUCAAUCAAGACGAUUUGGUUCGAAGCCUGCCAGCCUCAGCGGAAUGGUGGCAUUGGUGCACAAUCGACAUCAGACGCUCUCUUCAUAAAGGCCACCCAAAGAGUUCAGCAACAGAUAGCAGAAGUGCAAUACCAGGUGGAUCUUCUACGUACAUAUUCCUCUAUAGACAAAAUACCACCGAGAGUUUUGGUAAUCACAAUGCCUGAUAUUAGCUCUGCCACAAUGUUUCAAGAUUCGAUACAACUUUGGACAAAGGGCGAUGCAACAAAACGGAAAGCACUCACCAAGCUGAUGCAAUUGCUCAUUGCCCAGUAUAACGCGGGACUUAUAUCUGCUAUGAAGCUAUCCAACACAUUGGUUUACGAUAUUUCAGGCAUUUGGAAUGCAUUUCUAACGACUCCAGCAAAUUUCGGUUUAACGUACGUGACUGGCCGAUGUCUCAUGAACCAUAUUGUGUGUAAAGAUAUCGAUAGAUAUCUCUUUUAUUUUUCGCGAUCUUGUCAGGAUCCUUGUCAUUUGGCAUUGGUAGUGACCUGUGGUGACUUACAAAAUGAUAUAGUAGUGUACAGAUUUUCUACUCCACAUAACUAA